UUUUUUAAAAAAAUGAUUAACAGUAGCUUAAAAUUGUGAGAAACAGUGAAACUUCUUUUUCUCGUUGAUUUGUCCGUUAGAAUUAAUAAAAUUUCUAGAUUCUGUUUUACAAUUUAGUUCGUCGUUGUUAUGGUAAAUCAUUCUAUGGUAAGGAGGGUGCCGGACAUGCAAGUUUUAAUCGUUUUUGGUAUGAUACAUUUGAACGUGACUGCAAACCAUUCAUCUAUGGUGGUAUUGGUUUAUCAUAUGAAACAGAUAAUAUAUUUAAUACAACAGAAGAAUGUUACCGAGCAUGUAAAGAAGUUUUAUCUCUUACGUAA